AUGACCUGGGAACAAACUUGCGUCUCAGACGAUGAAUAUAUUGUGUGUUUCCAGCAUGUGAUGAGCUCAGGUGGCAACCUCCUUGACCUCGACUUGGCAGAGGUAGAGCGGCGGCGAGUUGUUGAAACAAAACGCAGCUUGGAGGGUGAAGUCGAUGAUUCGCAGGCGGAAGUCCCUUUGCCUGAAGCUCCCCCCGAAGAGGGGGGACGUUCUGGCCCAUUCCUACUCACUGGCACCUCUUUUCUCUUCACUUGGAAUGUUGGCAGCCCAGAAGAUCCACAUGCUGAGUGGCUCAAUUUUUUGCGCUGGCGUGCUGAACAGGCAGUGGGCCCGUUCAAGGGUGUUCGAUAUUCUGCAACCAUGGAGGAGUCGCUGCGAAGUGAAGAUGUGGGCCGUGUCCACAUCCACGAGCAGAGGGAAGUCUGCAAACGGUUGACACGUGCCAGUCUGGAGCCUUUCCAGUACACAACCAUGGCUGGGCUCCUGGUGCGACCAAAUUGCGCAGUCAAUUAUUUAGAAGCUGUGGGCAGCAGCAGCGCGGAUGGGGCUUCACGCGGUCGUGGGGCUGCUUAUCGUGCUGCUUGUGACCGAGCAUAUUUUUAUGUCCAAGCCAACAAAUAUGGAACGCUGUUCACUGAAACGGAUUGGGCUAUGCAAACCAACUUCAGGGUGCAGGCCAGGUGGUUUGAUGAUUUGGUGGCCCGUGGCAAAUUGAGUCGCGACCAAUGGCUACAAUAUGCAGCUGACACGACCGUUGGCUUCAGCAGUCGCAAACGAAACUUUGAGGCUUUGGAGGUCUAUGAGAAGGAGAAGGCCAUGGAUGUGGAUGCAGCGGAGCUCCGUGAGAAGAUUGCGUCUGCAUGUCCUAAGAAGCCUUGGCGGCCAGACCUGCUCCAGCAAGCCAAGGACUGGCUGCAACAGUUUGUAACGGUCAACGACCGGGCAACUAUCUUGGUUCUGUGGGGCCCGUCGCGAAGUGGCAAAACCCGAUUUGCAUUGUCUGACGUCUUUGGCCUGAAGCCCUUAAAAGUGGAUGUUGGUGAUGGAGAUGCUCUGAACAUUCAAUCCUGGGACCAUAGAACCCACUCACACUUGGUCUUGGAUAAUGUCAACGGAAGUGACUUCAUCAUGCGGUGGCGACACGUCCUGAUGGGCCCACCAGAGCCUGUGCAGUUAGGUCAGAGCAGCACGGGCAUGUAUGCAUACAAUGUGUUUCUCGGCCGAAAGCCGGUGAUUUGUUCCAUGGAUGAAGACGCUGUGUGGGACAAUAAGAAGUGGCUUGAUGCAAACUGCGUCGUCAUUUGGGUUGGUGAGAAAUGCUAUGUGCCUUAA